ACAAACUCACGACCGCACCAGCAACUGUGAGAAUAGCGAGCAUCCAAUAUCUUGAUACAGGUGGAAUGCGAGCCAAUAAUUCGCCCAAAGCUGCCAUCGUUCUUAGGUGGUUUGGUGUCAAGUACGUUCAAUAA